GAAAAUAUGGAAGAUAAUUCCUUUGCUAAAAUCUUAGUUUGUAUUUGCAAGUAAUCAAGUAAACAGUUCCGAUGAUCCAAAAACAUUUUUUUAUAAGCUUGUGUGCUUGCUUUCUUUUGGUCGAUCCAUUGACUGCUGCUGAGGAGACAAUUUGUAAGGAAUUUUCGGUGCACAGUUACGUAUACAAUAAGUUCUACAAUCUCAGUCGGAUUAAUGGUGUCCGAUCCGAUGACUACUUUGUCAAACUACCAGUUACUUUCGAUUCGGAUCGUGGAGAUAUUCACGUUGCAUUCUCAGAGUCAACUGAUACUAAAAAUGCCAGUCGAGUCUACGAAUUCGCUCUUGGCAGCUACGACAAUACCUUAUUCGAGAUAAGAAGAAAGGAUUUUCUUCUCGAGAAGCGAGAUUUUAAUGGAAAUAGAUUUGCAGACUAUAGUGUACCAACGGAUCGUGAAUUCAACGUUGAAUUUUCAAUUUCCAGAAGUGGUGUUGUUCAAAUAGUUGAGGCAGGAUCUGGAUUCAAACUCAGUCUCAUUGAUCAGCUACCAGUUAUAGAUGUGAAAUACGUUUCGUUCGCCGGAUAUCGCGAUGCACUCACAAAAGUUACAUUUGAUUGUGUCAAUGUUGGGACAACCGAAAUUAACUCAUCAACAAAAUUAGCCGAAAACGAUGACAAAAUUAAUGAGAUAUGAAAGUUGAUAUGUUACCGGCAUUUACAAGUAAAACAUCUUGUUGAAAUCUAUGUUGAAAAUAUUUACUCAAAUUGAAACAAGCAAAAGAGUCGAGAUAAUUAUAG